ACUUCACCCUCGUCGGUAUUAAUCUUUCUCUCGUUCCUUUCCACCACUACCGCCUCAAGAAACAAAAUGCCGAGGGCCCCUCGGAACCACAGCAAGACCUAUAAGGUCCCUCGUCGACCAUUCGAAUCAGCUCGUCUCGAUGCCGAGCUGAAGCUCGCCGGUGAAUACGGUCUCCGUAACAAGCGCGAGAUCUGGCGUAUCGCCCUCACCCUCUCCAAGAUUCGUCGUGCUGCCCGUGAGCUGCUCAAGCUCGAUGACAAGGACCCCAAGCGUCUUUUCGAGGGUAACGCCCUUAUCCGUCGUCUCGUUCGUAUCGGUGUACUCGACGAGGCUCGCAUGCGUCUCGAUUACGUGUUGGCUCUGAAGAUUGAGGAUUUCUUGGAGAGGCGUCUCCAGACCCAAGUUUUCAAGCUUGGUUUGGCUAAAAGCAUUCAUCAUGCACGGGUUUUGAUUAGGCAACGGCACAUUCGUGUUGGCAAGCAGAUUGUCAACGUUCCCUCCUUUGUUGUGCGUCUGGACUCCCAGAAGCACAUCGACUUUGCCCUCACCUCGCCUUAUGGUGGAGGUCGCCCUGGUCGCGUUAAGCGGAAGCGUGCCGCUGCCGCUGCCAAGAAGGAGGAGGGUGGUGACGAUGAGGAGGACGAGUAGAUGUAUACAUCCCUACUCCUAUGCUCGUUAUAUAUGUCGUCGCUAUGUUAUCAUGCAAUCGAAACCUUUCGAGCUAUCCUCAUUGCUGUAUCUGA